AUGGCUACGACUGCGUUGAGCUUUGCUUCUCCUGUAACGCACACUGCUGGUGGCCCCUUUUGGCCUCGCCCCUCGCGAGAUGGGAGGUGCCGUUUUUCACGAGGCUCCAGUGAUGACAGCGAUGAAGUGCGGCCGGACGGUUGGACAGUCCAGGACUUCCGUGUCGGUGGGCCGAAGCUUGCACAGUCCCCCGGCGACACGAUUCCUCUCUCGCCUGGUAGCCAGUAUAGAUCAGUGCUUGACGCGCGAUCACACCUAAGCGAUGCCGUCCUUAAAACCCUCCAGUACUAUCACAUUCAUACCAGGGCGUUUGUUCUGUGUCACCGGCGGUGUGCUUACUUUCCAGAUGAGGAUCCUGUGCCUACUCUCCUCGUGGUUGCAAAGAGACACUCUGCAAAGGACCAGUGGCUUAUUGCUAGUAAAGCCCUACAUGGCCUUCUUAACGCACAUGGCCUUUCUAUUUUCAAUGUGGAGAUAUGUGAUAAGCGGGCUAAUCCGGAAACCUACUCCUCUCCUGUUCCAUCCUCCGAUCCUAUAUACCCUUUGUGGGACAAGAUUCUGGCUCAGAUACUCGACAAAAUUGAUUUGUCACAUAUUUUGACCAUAGAAUGUCUUCGCUUUGGCGAAAGCAGUGACCGAGAUACUAACCCUAUAACAGUCUUCCUUACUACUGCCCAAGUAUCGACUUCUUACUCUUGGAAAAAUACCCGAGAAGCAAUUGUAUCAAUACUUAGCUCCUACAGUCUAGACCAUGUAGGGAUAUUUAUUGCACACGGUCGUGUCUACCGAAGCACCGACAGCUUCGAUCAAUUUUUACCGGAAUCCGCGUGGCAGGCGCCCCUACAACUCGGUUUGAGCCUUGGGUUAUAUCAAUCUACUUAUUCAUCCUCAACUUUUGGCGGAUGGAUUGAGAUUCAAGAGCAUGAAGAUUCGGAAUGGAUUAGACUAGGAGUGACGUGUUUUCAUUCCGUGAUCCCAAACUUGGGAACGCUCUCGUCCAAGGACCGGUCAGAAAUAUAUGAUGCAUUCUCGGUAGGGAUUCCAGCCAACGACCCUAUUGGCAGGAGGCUACGGGUUGAGCAGCCGAGCCUCAAGGAUGCGACUGCAGUAAUCAAUGAAGCAUCUCGCAUGUUGGAUCGAACUCCAGACCAGAGUUUCCAGGAAAUAAAAGAAAUCAUCGACAAAGGUGAGGAUGUCAGCCCACGAUCACGCCAACGAUAUGACAGAGUGACUGCCAAAUAUGCAGCGGUAAAGGCUUCCCUGUUAACGACUAAGGAAUUUCACGAACCCCAACUGCCAUGCAGUGAGCCAUGCAACAAUCUGUUUUCUUCCUCGUUACCAAUUAACCCCCGCUGCGGCACAAUUUCAAACUUGAGAGAAGAUUCAUUUUCUCAGUCGUAUGCAGGUCAUGUCUACGCGGCCUCUGGCUACCGUCAAAUUCUGUCUAGCAAUAUCUCCGAAAAAAGAAUGAGGCAAGCUAACUGGGCUUUGCUUGACGCUCCCAAAGCUAGACAAUCCAACAACUCUGUUCGAACAUAUGGAGAUAUAAGUAUUUCUUCUGAUUUAUUCCCACUGGAAUCUUUCAAAGGCCUUCCAAAUGAAAAUACUUCACUGUUCAAACUGGGACGUUCAACCAGAAGGACAAUGGGGAAAUUAUCGGGACUGGUGAGCGCGCAUAUUCCCACGCAUAAUCGAGAUGGUGGCGAUUCAGUGCUACCAACCUACGAAUAUGCCGUUUUCGCAGACGUAGGGACACGUUUUUCGGACCCUGGAGAUUCCGGUGCGUUGGUGUUUGACGGAGAUAUAAACUGUGUUGGGUUACUCUUUGCUGGGAACUCCACUUCAAAAGCCUCCUACAUCACUAUCCUCCCUGAUCUUUUUGAGGAUAUUAAGGCUGUUACUGGCGCUUUCGACGUCCGUAUUGCCAGAGACAUACCUGGUCUCGAGAACUAUUAA